AUGUCCGGCCAAGUUCCCGCCUGGAAGAGAUUGGGCUUGAAGCUCAAGCAACCGUCUGAUGCGCCUGAACCCAGCUUUGGGCACCCAGCCAGCAGCUCAAGCACGCCCAUAAAGAGGAAGUUCGACGCCCCGCAACCUUCCAAUUCCUCUCAGGCUGCCAAGCGACAGAAGUCUGUGUCUUUUGCUGAUGCGCCAUCCAACAACAACAACCCCAAAUUCUCAAGGACACCGGCAAAGCCCGCUAAGCAGAGCAAGGCCAAGAGCAAGGGACCCGCAAAGAAGCCUAAACCACAGGUUCCCACUGAUCUCAAGCCUGCACUCGAAUACUUGAGCCUCUGGAAGACGGCUCGCGACAGCUGGAAGUUCAACAAAAACCAUCAGUCAAACCUCAUCAAGCACGUUUUCGAUGCCGAUGGAAUCCCUGCUUCUGACAUUGAAACCUUUUACGACUACAUCCAAGACCUGAAGGGUUUCGUGAGAAUGCGCCUUCGAGAGAGUGCCUGUGAGGUCAGGGAUCAGGAUCAAUCCGACGGCGCAAAGGCAUUCCCCGAAGGAACCAAGGACUUGGAGGCUACUCAGCAACGAUAUGAAGAGGUCCUCACCAAAUAUCUGAACCUGCCUGUGGGAUCUAAAAGGAAGGGCUUUACUGAGGUGGACUACCUCUCAGAUUCAGAAGAGGAUGAGGUCAUUAUCCGACGACUUGUCAAGCGCAUGAGAGCAGAGCUUGUCAUUGAUGAGCUAUCUGACAGCGAUGAAACUGAUGCCACCACCACAUCAUCUCAGACAGUUACCUCUAGCGAAAACAACGCCACAGCUGCCAAGAACACCGAGAAGAGUGUGAAGCCUGAGGGCGUAUCUGGAAAGCGUCGACGAAAGCUCCGCGUGAACGUGGAUGACAGUGACUCUAGCAGUUCUGAGUCUGAGUCUGACGACGAUGAUACCAGCAGCAGCGGAAGUUCAUCCUCAGAAGACGAGUCAGAGAAGAAAACGCCCGCAGCUCGAAAGGCUUACCGAAAACCCGGCGAGGAGGACUCGAGUGAUUCUUCAUCUUCUUCAGACGACGCUAGCUCGGAGGAAGACUCGAGUGACGAUGAAUCAGACUCCGAAUAA